CUCAGACCACUCGACAGUAUUCCACCGGCAAACGAGCCCUCAUCUCAAGACCAAAACCCCGACUGACGACUCUAUGCUCGGACGUCGAGUAUUGAGUGGUAGCUGUUGGGGGCAAUGCGAGCAUUAUGGUCUCAGAUACCUCGACCUAGAUUGAGUGGUUCUCCCUCGUACGCAUCAAUCGAGGCUGUUAAUCCCACUUUGGUGCGGAAGACUACCACAGCUCCUCUCAGACGCCGUGCAACCUUCAACGAUGCCUUCACACUCCUUUUGGCCCCUGUGCUAGCGGCUGUCUUCAUCGUCGACACCAGCUGGAAAGGAAAACAACGGAGGGACUGGGAUGAAAGACUUUCGGUGAUACAAGAAGAAAUCAACCAGAUUCAUGAACGAGAACAACGCAUCAAGAGCGCACUUCGGCUCCGUGCUAGAAGCAACGGAGCCCUCGGUCAACGGCGGGGGUAUGCUACAGCGGCACAUGCUCACAUCGACUUCGACGAUGGAGAAGUCGAGGUAGAGGUGCCAACAUGGGAGGAAGAUGGGAUGACUGACGAAGGAAUGCCUCAGAUCCGCCGACCGAUUUCUCACGAGCUCACACCUCUUGUUCAAGACUUGGAACCUGGGAGAAUAUACAAGGAUGGCAUGUUUUCGCCGGAAGAGAUGGCCAAUUUCCAUCGGUACCACCGGCUCAAUGCGAUCAUGCUGUCUUUGAGGAUGCUUUUACAUCUCCAGAUUGGCCCGAGUCCUUUCUUUGCCCUAGCUCCCGAUGAAACACAGGCGGACGCGGGCGAUGUUGCAUUUCGGCAAGACCCCAACCAGCUGGUCGAAUUGUUGAGAGCGACGCGAACCGAAAUGCGUCGACUAAAACACCGUCGCGAUCUGUUUGUCGUUUCCUCCCACAUCAACGCCCAAGCGUCUAAAUCGGAACUGAGCAACAGGAUCAGAACGUUGACCACCAGUUUUGACGCAGGCAAUAUCACCCUGAGUGAGCUUAUCAACGGUUUCGGACAGUCAAUCUUGCAAACAACAGAGGUGCCCUCAACCAUGGCUUAUGUUAUGCUGAUACGCAGUCUCUCGAAGGUUGGAAGCUUCAGUCUGGCCUACCAUGUUAUGGGAGCCCUGAAGAACAGCACCUUACCAUUAUCGGACGACGCGAUUUUCCACAUACUCUUUCAGAUUGGCCAAGCAUGUGAUUCCAGGUCACUAAAUCAUAUCUUGCCUCUCAUAACACGGUCUGACGAGCAAUUAAAUGUCGCCAGCAAAUGGGAAAGGACCAUUGUCAAUGACUUGGAACUGCCCGUUCCUUCUUCCCUGGAUGUACGGCUUCUGCAGGUGCUGGUAUACGCAGCGCUACGCUGUCAACAACCGGAGCGAGCAGAAGCAUGGAUGUCGAUGCUCCGCGAGAUGGACUAUGGGAGCUUCAGGAAAAAUCAUCUUUUCAGAAGCUUUUUGGCCUACUAUACCAUGCAUGGUAAUUGGGAGAAGGGCAAGAUCUGGCUGCGUCGUGCAGUCGAGCACGCAUCAUCGAUCGCUGCGUAUACCGCCGAUGGCUUCACUCGCAUGAUCUACCGCAUGCUAGAUCUGUGCGUCCGAUGCCGAAAGCUUCCCGAGUACACAAUGAUUUUGGAGGCAGCAGUGACUUCCGGCAUCAGACCGCCACGUAUGCAGGAAAAUCCGAACAACCGCAGGGUAAUUUACCCUCGUGGCCGCAGUAUCCUUCUCGAAUGGGAUUCCAUACCCGCUCCUGACCACGCCGAGGCCCUUCCAAUUACCGAGAAGAUUAGGACUUUCCAAACAGCCUGUCAACCGCUGGUAGAUCAUAUACAUGAUGGACCCGUCGUCACCAACAGAGCUUCACAAGACGAGGAACAUGACGAGUUGGUGCUUAUGCCUCCAACGCCGCACGCCCUGCGGUAUGCCGUUCGUCGUCAACUCAAGAAGGAUUCUGCAGACUCGACUCAAGAGAACCUAAGCGGAGCUACUCUUCAGGAGCAGGCUAAAGUCCAAGCCAGAUUCCAAUACUAUGACAAUACGAUACGUUCGCUAAAAGCUAGCCUGGAUGUUGCAGAUGCACGAUACAGAGCCGCUCUAGACGCCGGACUGGAAAGGACAGACAAUACAGUCCAACUAGGGAAGACCACCGCUCAUGUGCAAGAGCAACUGAAAGAGUCUCAAGAGGCGAUGCAGCAGCUUCACGCUCAAAAUCAAUCUUAUGCAAAAGAGCAUACCGAGCUUCGCAAGGAGAUCAACGAUCUGAAGGAAAUCGCGAAACAGCUUAUGGCACAGCAACGGGAACAACGAGCAUCGCAGCAGCCACCAGCGCCGUCCGUAUCUCGGCCCACGGAUCAAUCAGUAUCCCACACACAAGCGACUGGCCAAGUGUCUGUGACACCAGCCAAGUUGCUCUCAGUAGAAGCUAGAGCUAACACAAAACCAAAAACACCAAAAGGAAGUGCGCCUCCUGAAACAAAAAUGCCGCCUCCAAGGACGGUUGGGACGAAGGGCAUAAGUGCACGAUUGGACUUUCACAAGUCAAAGUCUGACGUAGCAUCUCAAGCCGCGAUUCGAUACAUCACCGCAGAGCCCACACCGACCCAGGGAGGGUUCCGAAUCAGGCAUAUGACUUCGUGAACAUUCUCAAAGGCACUCUUUUUGAGCAAAUCCGUGCCAUCUAAUCUUGGCUAUCGCAGGGCAGAAGAAAGUGGGACACGACCUUGGCAUGUCACAGCACGCGUGCGUUCGAGAUUCGCGGCACCAAUCGA